AUGACAUUUUUUGCUCUCCUUUUUCUGUCAAUUGCUAUAAUUGAAUCCCUGGCAGGAGUUCUAGGAAAUGGAAUUAUCUUGGCUGCCAGUUCAUCGAGCUGCAUUGGGAGCAAGACAUGGCCUCCGUAUGAGAUGAUUGUGAUCUCACUGAGUUCAUCUAGAAUUAUAUUGCAAUGCUGGAUUAUACUGGAUUUAUUCUUAACUAUAUUUUGUGAUUCAUCCCAUUUUGAAGAAAAUACAUUUGGAUUUAUCAAUAUAGGCUAUAUUUUUCUGAACUACUCCAGCCUCUGGUUUGGAGCCUGGCUUAGUGUCUUCUAUUGUAUCAAGGUUGCCAGUUUUACACAGUCUUUCUUCAUCUGGCUGAAGCUAAGAAUUGCCAGGCUGGUGCCCUGGAUGCUGCUCACAGCAUGGCUCUGCUCCUUUGCAGCGUCAAUUCCCUUUGCCUGGGAUGUCUACAGUGCGCACAACUUCACUGCUCCUUUGUCCAUGACAAACUCUUCAGCAGGGAGAACCACAGGGAACGACAGAUUGCAUUUAUUGAUUUAUCUCUGGAAUGCAAGUACAGCUUUGCCUUUAAUGUUGUCUGUUGUUUCAAGUGUUCUGCUGAUUGGGUCUCUGUGGGUACACACCAGGGAAAUGCAAAAUAAUGCAAGUGGCUUCAGGGAUCCCAGCUUAGAGGCACAUAUGAAAGCCAUCAAGUCAGUCUUUUCCUUCCUUAUCCUUUACAUCACAUAUUUUAUUUCUCUGCUUCUCCUCCUAUACAGUGAUUUUUUACCCCUGAGCAUUGAGGACUCUAUCUGUGUAGCUCUAUUAGCUGCCUGUCCUACAGCACACACAUUGGUCUUAAUUUGGAGCAAUCCAAAAAUUCAAGAGCUGCCUGCUAGGAUUUGGCACGACAUUAACUGCCAUGUUAGAACUGCAUUGAUGUAA